UUUGCAUCUGAGGCUCUGUCGUUCCUAAUGGCCUCCACUUACCGUGAUCGGACCUCCGAGUUCCGAUCACUCUCCGACACCCUCCAGAAAAUCGGAGGAAUCACACCCGUUAAUCAAUCUCAGAAUGCUCAUUCACCGUCCAGAUCUCCCGCCCCGGCCUCUUCCGGAUCCGAAUUCAACAAGAAGGCCUCGCGGAUCGGGUCGGGGAUCCACGAAACCACUCUGAAGAUCUCACGGCUCGCUCAGUUGGCGAAGAGGUCGUCCAUGUUCAAUGAUCCGACUGUGGAGAUUCAGGAGUUAACUUCUUUAGUGAAGAAUGAUAUUACGUCUCUGGAUGUGGCUCUUACGGAUUUGCAGACCAUUCAAAACAUGGAGAUAGCUGAUGGGAAAUAUUCUCAGGAUAAAGUUGUUCAUUCGACAGCAGUUUGUGAUGACUUGAAAGGCAGACUUAUGGGGGCAACAAAAAAGCUUCAAGAUGUGUUAACCACUAGAACAGAGAAUAUUAAGUCCCAUGAGAACAGGAAACAGAUAUUUUCCACCAAUACCGCAAGAGAGAACCCUUUCAAGAGUCCUGCAAAAACUGUGACUGAACCUCCUCCCUGGUCAACUUCAUCAAGUGCAUCUGGCAGUGUACAGCCAUCACAAUCAUCAACAGAGGUUCAAGUUGGAAACCAACUGAGACGAAGGUUAGCUGUAGAUAAUCCUCCAUCUCAGCAGAUGGAAAUGUCCAUGUUACAGCAGGUAGUUCCACGGCAAGAAAAUUAUACAGAAAGCCGGGCAACAGCUCUUCAAAAUGUAGAAUCUACAAUUUCCGAACUCAGUGGGGUCUUUACACAUUUGGCUACUAUGGUUGCACAUCAAGGGGAACUGGCUAUCAGGAUUGAUGACAACAUGGACGAGUCAUUAACAAAUGUCGAGGGUGCACACAGUGCUUUACUAAGGAAUCUCAACCGAAUAUCAUCAAAUAGGUGGCUGAUCAUGAAGAUAUUUGCCAUUUUGAUAUUUUUCCUGAUUGUCUUCAUCUUCUUUGUGGCUUAAAUCUUGGAACCAAAAACACCAGCAAUAGAACUCUUGCUGCACGGUAUACUCAAGCUUCUCCGUCUCCAUGUGUGCCUCGUCUGUUGCAAAGUGGAUUGUUGAAAGCACGAAGCAAUUCUUUGUUCUGUAUAUUUAAUGGGCAUGCCCAUUUUUUCAAUUCUUAGGCAUAGUUGGUGGUAGUAGUAGAAGUAGUAGUAGUAGUAUCAUUCUUAUUAUCACACAUACAGACAGACCAUAGAGCAACUGUUAGGUAUGGUAUGUUUUUGAAUCAACUGAGACAGCUUGCAGUUUGUGAGUUGGUGAGAAAUUGGUAUGAAGUUGAUUGUUACUUUUGUUGUUA